CGAACUCGAUGGCUAUCGCAACAAGUCCUACGACGGCUACCCCGAGUAUAACAACGGGUGAAGCGUAGGCUUAUAUAAAAUAUGUAGAUAAAGAUGCUUACAUAUGGAAACAUAAAGCGACACCAAUAGCAGAUUAUCUUAAGUCGCGAUAAGUUCCAUCAAGCGUUAAGAAAAUGGUUGGCGUACCAAAGAGUAAUAGGUGCGACUUUUGUAGGUGGCGGAAGACCAAGUGUGACGAAGCUUGGCCAACCUGCGGAAGCUGCAGAAAGGCAGGCAAGGAAUGUUCCGGCCCAUCAAAGCGCGUCAAGUUCGUACAUGGUGGAAGACAUACUCGUCGAGAUAAUCAUGAAGUUGGCCAAGCUGAAAAGAAUGCGGUUACAAGUCUUACGGACAAGGGAUUGGACACCAGCACCAAUACAAACUGGCUAAAUCUCAAGAAUAAAACUACUAUAAACGGCUCAACCUUCUCUAAAAUUAGAAUAUGGAGCCAGAAACAACGAAUACCAAACAAACUAUCCGGAACUCAAGCCGAUCUAUUGGCAGGCAAUCUAAUAAACCAUCUUAACAGCAGCGAGGGAACAGGGUAUAGCCUAACAGUAUUCUUGAGCACAUUGAGAUACGUACCGCCCCUCCUCGAGAGCAGCGAGGCCUUAUACGAUGCCACCAACCUCCUUGUAUCCACAUGGUUACACCUCUGCCGGGGAGCGAACUCCCAUGAUGUUCUCAGUCUUGUAUCUUACAAUCGCGCCCUCCGCAGCUUACAAAGAGCCUUAAACGAUCCGCAGAAGCAAACAUCAUCAGCUACACUAGCUGCAACCAUUUAUCUUCAAAUAGUCGAGCAUUUAUUUGACUACUCGAAAGGCAUCGAUCAGAUACCUCACUGCAAUGGGAUAUACGCCAUAAUGAUGAAAAGGGGAGCCCCUAAGCCGGGAGACGACAUUGGCUGCCAACUCAUACUCGACUCCUUCGGCUUUAUAUUCAAGCUUCUCAUAAGAGGUGACACCGACAACUUCUUCACGCGACCUGACUGGGAGAAUGCACUUGUGAGCUUCUUCGCUCAAUACAAGACCCGAACGCCAAUUCUCGUCGAGAUAUCUAAGAUCAUCCACCAGCCAACGGUACUUGCUGAUGUUAUAAGACGCUUCGCAAAAAUCCGUAACAUCCCCGAGCACCUCCAAGACUUGCAGGCUCUUGAAGCGCUCUCUAUAGCUCUUAACGACGUAGGGGAAAAUUUCCGCGCGCUUGACCGGAAAACCGUACAGCCCCUAUUGCAGAACAAGACUAUUUACGAAGAAGAUGAUCCAGAAUCGCCUUUUAGCACGAGUUACAUGUUCCCCAACGGCGUAACUGCAUUGCAUUUCACCAAUGUAGCCUCGAUUAACAUCGUGAUAAAUACUCUUAGACAAGAGUUGAAUGCGAUAUUAGACAUCAACGACCCAAGCCUAGAAGCCGAAUGUCUCGAAUGGAGCGGACGGAUCUGGAGGUCUUGCCGAUAUACCCUAUCUUUGAAACCGCUUUGCUCGGCAUCGUUCAGCAGGCACAUAUGUAUAUCAUAUAUGUUUGCAGGGCCUCCUGAACGAGCUUACCUUCUUGGCGUCUUGGAAGAAACUGACAGCUAUCGACAACAGUCCGUCAGGCGAUGGACAGAGUCAGCUGUGUUCUCGCAAUGUAAUAGCCUCCUGGGACGAUGAUCUGGGGAAAGGCGGUAUAGGUGCUCAAUUAUCAGGAGUGUCAACGAUGGCUUGGCCCAAGAAAUUUAACUAGUCCUAUAUGAGGGAAAAUUUCUGUACCGGAGAAUAGUAAUGAUGUAUAUAUUUAAAGAAUCUAUGUAUGUAAUGUUCACCGUUUGAAAGACCACUUUAUCCGCUCUUUCUGGGUAAUAUGAACCCUUAAC